AGAUCAACUUGACAUUUGUUGUCACGAACGUCUCCAAUAUUCCUCUUCGAUACCAACCAAAACGUCUUCUCUACACCAAACAAGUCUCAUCACCACCAACAAACCACCAACAAACCACCAAGAUGGCCCCCUCAGCCACCUACCCCAUCACCACCACUCACUCAGGCGCCGACCUCGAAGCCAUCUCCGACGCCGUCGACGAGAUCAACGUCCUCAAGUUCAAAGCCGCCCAACAAGUGACCGAGCUCCUCGACCAAGACCAAGACUCCUCCUCCCCUUCAUCCCCCACCUCCACCGCCGCCACUUCCCCUUCUGCUGCCCAAGACCUCGGCGACUUCGACACCCCCUCCCACUUCGACGCCACAAAGGACCACUCCCGCUUCCGGCAAUACACCACCGCCGAGUCCCGCGUGCUCAACUUCUACGCCGAACAACACGCCAAGCAAACCGUCGCGCACAACCUCGCCGCCCGCGCGCUCUUCAACUCGCCCGACCGCAAGCGGCCCGAGAUGACUAUCUGGCAGGCGAUCGAGUGCCUCAACUCGCUGAUCGACGAGUCCGACCCGGACACCGAGCUCAGCCAGAUCCAGCACUUGCUGCAGUCUGCCGAAGCGAUCAGACGCGACGGCAAGCCGCGCUGGAUGCAGCUGGUGGGACUGAUCCACGACAUGGGCAAGUUGAUGCUUUUCUUUGAGCUGGCCACGGGGCAGUGGGAUGUGGUUGGCGAUUCGUUCCCCGUGGGAUGCAGGUUCAGUGAGAAGUGCAUUUUGGCUGAGAGCUUUGGUGCGAAUCCGGAUUCGACGCAUCCAGUUUACAGCACCGAGCACGGCAUUUAUACCCCCAAAUGUGGGGUGGAGAAUCUGAUGAUGAGCUGGGGCCACGACGAGUAUUUGUAUCAGGUUGUGAAAGAUCAGAGUUUGUUGCCGAGGGAGGGCUUGGCGAUGAUCAGGUUCCAUAGCUUUUACCCGUGGCAUCGCGAGGAGGCGUACGGGUGGGCGAUGAAGGAGGGCGAUGAGGAGCUGAGGAGGGCGGUGAGGGCUUUUAAUCCGUAUGAUCUUUACUCGAAGAGUGAUGAGCCGGUGGAUGUGGAGGCUGUUAAGCCUUACUACACGGAGUUGAUCGAUGAGUUCUUCCCGCAGAAGGUCAUCAAGUGGUAGGCGACCACGACCACAGCACCACUGUGUUGAAGAAGCGGCACUUUGGCCCAAAAGCCGGCCUUUCUGGGCGACGGAGUAACGACACGAGUUAACGACUUCCGUUCAUACAACGCACUUUUCUUUGUCCUCGUUUUUCCUCCAGUCCUUGUCUUGUUAAUGUCACGGCGUCAUGGCGUCACGGUGUUGUUAGACACGCACCUGCGUUGCAUUUCAUUUCAUUCCAUUUCCCUUCACCACUUAGAGUUAGAGUCUUGUCCUUGCCGUCGGAGUUGUGUAUCAUCGCAUCCGUCAGGCACAGCGAUGUUAUUUCCUUUU